AUGGAACUUCUUAAGAUGGUGCUCUCCUGUCAGGGCCCAUUCAACUCGGGGUCAUCUAAUCGCAGUGGCGACUCCCAGGCUGGAUUGUCCUGCGUGGGUGGGCAGACGCCACAGGGAGAACACCGGAGGAAAAGAGACCCGCUUUGGAGGGAGAUCUCCGUGGCUUGCAGGAACGGCAGUAAAGUGGCUGCGCAGAGACGAGAUCGUGGAUGCCAGAAGGCACUUGCAUCUUCGAAGCCUUUCUACUCACUGGGCGGAAGGGGCGCGGGAGGAGGGGGCAGGGAAGAGAGCGAAGGGCGGGGGCAGCAAGCUGAGCGGGUGGGCGUGGCUGGACGGGUGAAAGAUGAGAUCAGCUCUGUUAUUAGAGGGAAUGAUGGGGCUCGCGGUGUGGGGCCACAGAAGAAUGUCAGUCCAUCUGUAUUUCCUAAGGAAAGUGAAAAAAAUAGUGCAAAAUUUGUGGAAACAACAGCCAGACCUGCUUUCAUAGCAUCAGAAGAUUCUCUUCAAAACUUGUGCUUAGCAUCUCAAGAAAUUUUUCAAAAAGCUCAGCAAAGUGGGAGGUCACAAUGUCUCAAGUGUGGUGGCUCCAGGAUGUUCUACUGCUAUACAUGUUACGUCCCAGUUGAAAAUGUGCCCGUUGAACAGAUUCCGCUUGUGAAGGUCGCACUUAUUUUUCCUGGUCCUCAGUCUACCUCAAUAAAAGAUAUUUCUUUUCAUCUGCAAAAAAGAAUUCAAAGUAAAGGCACAGCUGAUGACCCUGAGAAACCAUCUCUUAAACGCAAGAGAACUGACGAACAGGCAAGCUGCGAUUUGAGUGACAGAAAAUGUAAAGGGGUAGCCCUGAAGAAAGUCAUUUUUAUAGACAGUACCUGGAACCAGACAAACAAGAUAGUCACUGAUGAGCGGCUUCAGGGGCUGUUACAAGUUGAGUUGAAAACAAGAAAAACUUGCUUUUGGCGCCAUCAAAAGGGAAAGCCAGACACUUUCCUUUCCAUCAUUGAAGCCAUUUACUACUUUCUGGUAGACUACCAUGCUGAUAUAUUAAAGGAGAAAUACAAAGGACAAUGUGACAAUCUUCUAUUUUUCUAUUCUUUUAUGUAUCAGUUGAUAAAAAAUGCCAAGUACUCUGGGGCUAAGCAGACACCAAAGCCGACCCAUUAA